AAUGAAAAACCAAAACAAACAGGUUGCACACGUAUAAAAAACCGGGCAUCCCCUUUAAAGUCUCAUAACCCAUUGAAGUUAAGCGGUGAAUUGCAACAUGUCGGACUCUGAUGACGAUUGGUUUAACAAGGACGAAAAUGAGAUUGUACAAAACCUGCAGCAACAGGUGAAACAAUUGGAGAAACAGGAGCAACACGAGGAGCAUAUUGUAGUCACUCAAAGACCUAAUGAUUACAUUAAGCAACUCAGUCUGGAUAAUAGCAAUGAGCCAUCCAGUACUGCACGGUUUGGCACCGGCGACUUACCGAAUGCUCUAAAAAUGCAACCACUGGAUAUGUUUUUCUAUUUUAUGACGGAUGCUCGUGACCUCUUUGCAAAUCAGUUGCGUGCGAAUGACUCACAGAAACGUCUAUUGCAAUAUGUUGAGGUUGUGACACGAUUGUGCCAAAUGGAACUGGGCGGUUUCGAUGACGAACUGGUGUCAGGAUUUGCCAAUCAAAUUGGGCUGUUGAAUCAAAUGAAGGUAUUUGCUGUAAGACUCUUUACGCCUCCUUCAAAGGGUAUCUUAGAUGACGAAUCGGAGCAAUUGCUCCGCAACAUCAAGUGGUUGCUGCUACGUGCCCAUAAACUUGGUGUUCUCGGUAAAUUGGGCUAUGAGCUGAUUGAGCAUUUCAAAACACAACUUGCUCAGUGUCAAUUGCCGCAUCUUUUGGAGCAUCCGUUGUGUGUGGAAUUCGCUCAAGAAUUGGCGGUGCUGCCAACAGUAAACAAUUUAAAGGAUGAGAUAUAUCCAAAGCUGGAUGAACUACAGCGAUCUGAUCCAGAUGACGUGGCAAAUGUUGCUGCCAGUGAUUCUAGACCGCAAGAUGCAGCAGGUUACAUAAGCUGGCAGCGUCAACUUCUUCGAGAGGAUUUUGCGCUACCGUUGCGGGAGUUUGUAAAAACCAUCCGGGACAAAACGAAAGUGGAAGCUUUGAUAAACAAUCAUCUGGUUCGACCAAACACCCGGCUAAUACUGAACCCAGAGUUUGCUGAUGCCGAGAAAAAUAACCUGAUUUUCGUGAAUAUCAGCCCUACUGUUAAAUUAGAUGUGAAGUACAUGCAGAGUUUUAAAAACGGUGCUUUGCUAUGCUUUACCACCAGCUAUGAUUUUGAUAAUCUUAUAUUGGCCACCGUUGGUUACACUUCCCUCGAUAUGAUGAAAAAAGGCUAUUUAAGUGUGGAGAUUAUCAAGCAAUACAACAUUGGCAAAAUCUAUGACAUACCGCUAAUCAUGUUCGAGACGCCGGUAUUCUUCGAGCCGUAUCUGCGUGUCCACAACUAUCUGACCACCUGCAGUGCCGACAACUUUCCCAUGCGUCUCUACAUUAUCGAUGGAUGUCUUGAAGUUGCAGGACCCGCCUGCAUUGACCCAGGACUCAGGUUGAAUUACAAUCAAAAGCUUCAAAUACAACUGAAUGCAUCCCAGAAAGUGGCAAUUGACCAUGCAUUUACCCAUGAGUUUUGUCUCAUUCAAGGCCCACCGGGCACCGGCAAGACUCAUUUAUCCGUGGAACUGCUGAAGGUACUGUUAGACAAUGCUGCUGCAACGAAGACUGGACCAAUUAUUGUGCUGACAUACACAAAUGAUUCGCUGGAUAAGUUUCUGCUGAAGGCAUCUGAGCAUACCGACAGCAUUAUUCGUUUUGGCAGCCAAAGUCGAUUGCCGGAAAUUGCCAAAUAUAAUGUGCAAACUAUGGUCGAUGAUCAACUAGUGCCGCCGCGUCUUAAGCGACUUUGGUGGCUAAUCAAAUGUGAAUACAAGGACAAGUUUGAACGUCUGCAAACGUUGUAUGCCAACUUUGAUGGCAGUCAGGACGAUUAUGUGCAAAUACAAAAAGCGCAAAAGGAUUUGCAACUGGUCACUGAGAAACGGAAUACGCUGCGUAUUAUAUUUCAAUAUUAUGUGGCGCGUAAUAAAGCAUUGUUGGCCAUGACCACAUCAUGUGGCGCACGUCUCAACUAUCUGUUUAGACUGUUGAAAAGCAAAUGUCUCAUCUUUGAGGAGGCUGCCGAAACGGCUGAGACACAUGUGUUGGCCUGCCUAACGCCACAUACCGAGCACGUUAUAUUGGUUGGUGAUCAUAAGCAAUUGCAGCCAUACACUGGCAGUUAUACGCACCAGGGAUUACAGAUCUCGUUGUUUGAGCGUUUGAUUGUCAACGGAUUCCCCGUCGCAGUCCUCGACAUGCAGUAUCGUAUGCGUCCAUGCAUUGCUGAGUUGUUGGUGCCCAUAUUCUAUGAUGCACUUGCCAACAGCGAGUCGGUAAAAGCUUAUGACAAUGUCAGGGGAAUGGCCGCAAAUAUGUAUUUUGUAAACCACAAGGAGCCCGAAGAACAACUGACGGACAUGUCCUUUGUUAACAAACACGAAGCUCUAAAGCUAGUGGAACUAUUAAGAGCUUUAAGGAAAUAUUAUAUGUUAGGUUCGCAUAUUGUGAUAUUAUCGCCAUAUAAUGCGCAGGUUGAGUAUAUCAAAUUGUUACUACCCAAAAAGGAAAAAAAUAAUACCUUAGUCGCCACCGUGGACAGUUACCAGGGACUUGAGGCCAACAUUGUGCUCUUGUCGCUGGUUCGGAGCAAUGCAGCUGGGCAGAUUGGUUUUCUACGUUUGCCGAAUCGAGUUUGUGUGGCAUUAUCGCGUGCCCGCUGGGGCCUUUACAUGAUUGGCAAUAUGGAGACGCUACAGCGUGGCAAUCAUGAGCUCUGGGGUGCAAUCAACAGCAAGCUGGAGGCGGCAAAUGCCAUUGGCGAGGAAUUUCCUUUGACAGAAGAACAAAAAGUUUCAAAAACUAAAAACAAAAAAAAUAAAUAAAAGUCGUUAUGUUUU